UGGGAAAGGUGUGUAGGGAAAAGUCAAGUAUGCAGUGAAAACUGGUAGAUGACAAAACCCGAAGCUCUGAAUCGGGCCGAGUCGGCGUUUGUUUGAUAAUCUUCCCCACUCCUUCACUCCUUACCGUCAUCCCACAAUCGUUUGUAUACAUUAAACCUCACGCUCAUUACCAUAUCCACUUCUACGUUCACUGGUUUUGUAUCCGCCCAUACCAUGUUGCUCAAGGUCGCAAUUAGCUGCUUAGUUGGGCCUCUUCUAGUCCUUCUAUCACUCGCGUUUUGGUAUAUGACCCGAACAUUAAUGUCUCGACGGCGGACUGUCUCUGACAUUGAGGUCAAUGUCAAAGAAUCCGCUUCUUGCACAUCCGACAUCUUUCCGACCCCCAUCGACUCCUUGAAGUCGUGCCCGUCAUUUUAUCUCGGUACUAGUACCGCCGUGUCUAAUCCAGAUCUUUUGCCUCCUCCCCUGUCUUUAUGGCAAGCUGCGGAUCAAGUCGUCUGUACUUACCCGCGACCACGCUCGAACUUCUCAUCUUCGCAAGCAGGCACUUCCGAGUCAUACAGCCCCACAGACUAUCCUGCUCGACCGCCGCCUGCUCCUCCGCUCUAUGCCGAUGUCAUUGUCCCGUACAACCACCAAGUUUCUCUCUGCGGAGGGUCGAACUCUAUUGCUUACGGGUAUCGAAAGCCAGAUUGCGUGGAUUAUGCCCGCCCUUGGGUAAGACGGAACGCACGACCUGCAAUGACCAUCCCGCCGCUCAUCAUUGUCAAGAAAGGUUCAAACGCAGGUCCUUCUCUACGUCGUGCCAGCAAAAUCGAUGUGAUCUCUGCAAUGUCAUCUUCGCCAUUUGUCAAGCGAAAGGAAAUGGCCAUACGUCCAGGCAAGCUUGACUCGGAAACCAAUUCCAUUCUUCCUUUCGUUGACAAGGAUCUUCCUCCGGCUCCGUUGCUUCUUGUGGAUAAAGCAUCUGUUCUACCUUUUGUCCGCACUGCAGAUUCGUCGUCUCUUUCUCCUGCUAGGCAAGAGCAAGAGUCUCCCUGCCAUACUCUUUCGAGAACAACGAAAUCAAGGUCUCUAGUUCCCUUCCUUGACGAGGAGAAUCUUCUGUUGCAUCCUCUGCUUUCUGUUGGCGUAAAGACCGCUGGGACGAGGCAUCUGAGUAUGCAGAUUGUCAAACCACCAAUACGAACCGCAGAAAAAGAAAAUAUCCCCCCUCUUAUCGUCAUAAAAUCAAAACGGACGUCUACGCCUCCUCUUUCUCUAACCAAGAAGCGGCAGCUUGCGACCGAGACGAUAGCGUUAUGUGAUGUAACCGAUACGAAGAAAAGCUGGGAGGUGUUUAGGGCUCGUGGUGCUGUACGAAAGGAGCUUGGUCCUCUCUGUCUUGUCAGGAAUGACGGCGAAGAGAUUUUAUAGGUACGAUUUUGGAAUGAUUUUUCUAGGUCGGGGUUUACAUGAAUCU